CGCCUUUGAACGCGAAUCGACGUGCCCCUUUUUUCCACUAACCAAACGAAAGAAUCUUUGUUGCCUAAUAGAUAUAGUUCAUGCGAAAUACUACAGUAGGCUUAAAAACGUUAAAAAAGAAUCGAAAAGAAAGUAGUCUUCAGACUGACUUGGUCGUUAACUGACGCGUGAGAUAUGGAGUCGCUAAAUUUUGCACUUUGGACCAUGCUUGUUGGUUUACUUGGUGUUGUUUUCAUUCUCUACUAUAAAGUGCAUUUUUGGGAAAGAAAAAAAAUUCCUCACGUUAAACCUGUUCUAAUAUUUGGCAAUUCUAUUCCAAUUUUUUUUCAAACGAAAUUUAUUGGUCAAUUUGUCAUCGACCUCUACAACAGUUUUCCGGAUGCAAGAUAUUUUGGAUUCAUGGAUAUACAUACGCCGACAGCAAUUAUUCGAGAUCCUGAAUUAAUCAAAGAAAUUUGUGUAAAAAAUUUCGACAAUUUCCUCGAUCAUCAGCGAUUUGUCGAUGAAACAAUGGAUCCAAUUUUUGGGAAAAAUGUAUUUUCCCUAAAAGGUGAACGUUGGAGGGAAAUAAGAAAUACACUGAGUCCUGCAUUUACGGCAACGAAAAUGAAAUUUAUGUUCGAAUUAAUAGAGAAAUGUGCUGAAAAUUUUGUGCAGUAUUAUUUGAAUAAUCCGGAAGAAACAAACCUAAUUGAAUCCAAGGACGCAUUCACGAGAUAUACCAAUGACGUAAUUGCCACUGCAGCAUUUGGAAUAAGUGUUGACUCUCUAAAAGAUAGAAAUAAUGAAUUUUAUCAACGUGGUAAAGAUGCCACGUCAUUUGGUAAAGGAAUGCGUGCUUUUAAAUUUUUACUUUUUCGUACUUGUCCACGAUUUAUGAAAUUCAUUGGCGAGCCAUUCCUGUCACGUUCUACCGACCGAUUUUUUAAGAGUAUUGUUCGCGAAGCAGUGAAAGUGCGUGAGGAGAAGAAAAUCAUUAGACCUGAUAUGAUUCACUUAUUAAUGGAAGCAAGAGACAAAAACAAUGGUGUUGAAUUAACAACCGAUGACAUUAUUUCGCAAUGUUUUAUUUUCUUUUUGGCAGGUUUUGAUACAACGUCAACGGCAAUGUGUUUUAUUGCUCAUGAAUUAGCAAUGAAUCCGGAAAUACAGGAAAAAUUACGCGAGGAGAUUGACACAUUCACGGAAAAUAUAGAAGAGAAAAUUACCUAUGAAACUCUAUCAAAAAUGAAGUAUCUCGAUAUGGUUAUUUCGGAAGCAUUAAGAAAAUAUCCGCCAGCACCAUCAACUGACAGAUUAUGCAUUAAAAAAUAUACUUUACCAAAACCUACCGAAAACAGCGAGGAAUAUAUUGCUGAGCCAAAUUCUGUUAUUUUGAUUCCUAUCCAAGGACUUCAUCACGAUCCAAAAUAUUAUCCCGAUCCUGACAAAUUUGACCCGGAAAGAUUUAGUGAUAAAAAUAAGGACAAAAUUCACCCCUAUACUUAUUUACCAUUUGGUAUUGGUCCAAGGAAAUGUAUUGCGGACAGGUUUGCAUUAAUGGAAACAAAAAUUUUGUUUGUUUAUAUUUUGCAAAAUUUCAUUUUGGAUAAAUGUGCAAAAACAAAGCAUCCAAUAGAGUUUGAAAAUGGUUUCACGAUUGUCGCUAAAGGUGGAUUAUGGUUUAAAUUUACAAAAUUAGUCUUCAACCUGACUCUCUCGUUAACUGACGCGCACAAGAUGGAGUCGCUAAAUUUAGCACUUUGGACCCUGAUUGUUGGUUCACUUGGUGUUCUAUAUUUUCUCUACUACAAAGUACAUUUUUGGGAAAGAAAAAAAAUUCCUCACGUUAAACCUGUUCUAAUAUUUGGCAAUUCUGCUCCUAUUUUUUUUCAAACGAAACCUAUUAGUCAAUUCGUCACUGAACUUUAUAAUAGUUUUCCAGAUGCUAAAUAUUUCGGAAUUAUGGAUAUUCAUACACCAACAGCAGUAAUUCGUGAUCCCGAGUUAAUCAAAGAAAUUUGUGUAAAAAAUUUCGAAUAUUUUAUUGAUCAUCAGCGAUUUGUCGACGAAACAAUGGAUCCUAUUUUUGGGAAAAAUGUAUUUUUUCUGAAAGGUGAACGAUGGCGGGAAAUAAGAAAUACAUUGAGUCCUUCAUUUACAGCAACAAAAAUGAAAUUUAUGUUUGAAUUAAUUGAAAAGUGUGCUGAAAAUUUUGUACAACAUUAUUUGAAACAUCCGGAAGAAACAGAAUUAAUUGACUCCAAGGACGCAUUCUCGAGAUAUUCGAAUGACGUGAUAGCCACUGCAGCAUUCGGUAUAAGUGUUGACUCACUAAAAGAUCGAGAGAAUGAUUUUUUUUUACGGGGCAAAGAUGCUACAUCAUUUGGUAAAGGAUUGCGUGCUUUAAAAUUUUUACUUUUUCGUAUUUGUCCACGAUUUAUGAAAUUAAUUGGCGAGCCAUUUCUGUCACGUGCCACUGAUCAAUUUUUUAAGAGAAUCGUUCGCGAAAAUGUGAAAGUAAGAGAGGAGAAGAAUAUCGUCAGACCAGAUAUGAUUCACUUACUAAUGGAGGCAAGGGACAAGGACAAUGGUGUUGAGUUAACAACCGAUGAUAUCAUUUCACAAAGUUUUAUUUUCUUUUUGGCUGGUUUUGACACAACGUCAACGGCAAUGUGUUUUGUUGCUCAUGAAUUGGCAAUGAAUCCUGAAAUUCAGGAAAAAUUACGCGAGGAGAUUGAAACAUUCACGGAAAAUGGAGAAGAGAAAAUUACCUAUGAUACUCUAACAAAAAUGAAGUAUCUCGAUAUGGUUAUUUCGGAAGCAUUAAGAAAAUAUCCGCCAGCACCAUCAACUGACAGAUUGUGCGUAAAAAAUUUUACUUUGACAAAACCUACAGAAGAUAGUGAAGAAUAUACAGCUGAGGUAGAUUCCGCGAUUAUGAUUCCUAUCCAAGGACUUCAUCACGAUCCGAAAUAUUUUCCUGAUCCUGAGAAAUUUGAUCCGGAAAGAUUUAGUGAUGAAAAUAAGGACAAAAUUCAUCCCUAUGCAUAUUUACCAUUUGGUGUCGGACCAAGAAAAUGCAUUGCAAACAGAUUUGCAUUAAUGGAAACAAAAUUGUUGCUUGUUUAUAUUUUGCAAAAUUUUAUUUUAGAAAAGAGUUCUAAAACAAAGCAUCCGAUAGUGAUGGAUAAGGGUUUUGCUGUUGCUGCAAAAGGUGGUUGGUGGAUUAAAUUCACGAAAAGAAACCAGUAAAAAAAAAAUAAACAACAAUAUUAAAGAAUUACAUUUUUUAUCACCAGAAUACAAUUUAUCUGAAAUUAGCAAAGUUCUGUUAUACUCACUACAAUAAUUGAUAAACUUUUAACCUUAAAUUUACUUCUUUUGAAUAAGCAAAUGAAUUUUAUGAACUUAUCAAAAAGAAACAAAUUUCUAUUUGAAUUAUUAAAAAAAUUUUUUUUUUGUAGAACAAAGUAAAUUAAUUAAAUUGUGUAAUUAAAUCAAGUAUUAAAUUUUCAUCUGAGUUAAAUUAUUUUAAUUUCUAUUGUCCUAAUGAUGAUUAAGCAAUUUAACAUUGAAAUGUCAAAGUGUGUUUAUUUAAGAUUCGAAUUUGCAUAAAUCUACUUUUUGCAUGUAUAUUAGUAAAUCAGAAAAAAUUAUGUAUUCUCAUUUGUAAGGAAUUAUAAUGCUAAUAAGAAAAAAAAAUAAAAGUCAUUUAAAAACAAGAAAAAGUCAGAUAAAACUCUCGCAAAAUAUUAUGUCGAUUCUUUAACGAUGUAUACAUUUAAAAAUAUUUCAAAUUGAAUGUUUAUUUUUAUAUAAAUAAUAAAUAUGAAAUAAUAUUUAUUAGAAAAUAAUUAGAAUUAAAUUAAAAUUAUUAAAAAUAAUAAUCUAUGAUGUAAAAACUAGUGUAAAUUGUUUUAUUUUUUAGAAAAUAGGCUUGAAAAUAAUAAUUAAACAAGAAGUUUUUAAAAUAAAAAUAGAUUAAAUAUUUCUUAUUUUCAUUAUAAUGAGUCAACGAUAAAAAAAAGUAGUGUAUAUGAUUAGAAUAAUUUAUAUAAUUAUUAAUAAAAUUAUUUUUAAAAAUGUAUGUUUUGUCAAAAAGAUGCACCUUUAAAAAAUUCAUUUUUCCUAUCCAAAUCAUUUUAAUUUCAACCAAAUUAAUUGCUUUUGAUAAUAAAAUUUUGAGGAUGAAAUGUCUAACCAAAAAAUUUCAUUAAUAAAACUAAAUGUUUGAUUAAGACAACUAAAUAAAUUUCCUUCAAUGAAACGAUUUUAAAGACAGCACGAAAUAUUUUUCAUAAAUAUAACAGUUUUUGAAAUCUAAAGCAGCAAAGAAAAUUCUAAUGUAAUAACAUAAUAAUUGAAUUUAUAUUUAAUAGAUUUUGAUAUCGAAUUUGUGAA